AUGUCAAUUUCUGUGGUUGUUGUUUCCUUGCUGAUCCAAAAUAAUGAAAAGGGAGAAGCUUCAGAUUUUUUAAAAAACGGAGUUUAUGAUAAUACUGGCUUUUUGAUUAUGCGAUAUCAGAAAGAGGAUCCUGGCUUGACAUCAAGAAGAUUAAAAAAUUGUCAAUGGGAAAUACCACCAAUUGAUUUAAAUUUAUCGAGAAAUUUACCAAAACAUAAGGAUGGCUUCGAAAUGUUUGCAUAUGAUACACCGCUGACAGAAAUGGGAUAUUUGCAGUCGAAACUCACAGGCCAAGCUUUGCGAGACCAUGGUGUGAAAGUAGACUAUGUUUACUGUUCUGCUGCAUUACGAUGUGUGCAAACUGCUGUUGGCGUCAUUAAAGGAACAGUACUUCUGGUGACGCAUGGUCCAUCAGUAAAUGCAUUAACGCGGCAACUUUGUGAUGGCCGAAAUUUUAUGCGAAUUAAUUUAGAACAUGAUGAAUAA